AUGAGCGCAGAGGCGCGACGCGAGAGCGUCAAGGUACGAAUUGCGUCGACGUGUCAGAGCGUCAUCGAGGAUCCAGAGUCGAAGUGGAAAGAGCUCAAAGACAUCGGCACGCUUUGUGAAGACCGAGACUCGGAAAUCGCUCGAUUAGCGUCGCUAUCGCUCACCUUGGUCUACCGCGACAUUUGCCCGGGCUAUCGCAUUCGACCUCCGACGGAAAAGGAGUUGUCCAUGAAGGUGAGUAAAGACGUGCUCAAGACGCGCGCUUUCGAGACGGGCUUGCUUGAGCACUACAAGUCGUACGUGAAAAUGCUAGUGAGAUGCUCUGGGGCGAAGAAAUCUCGCGCACAGCGUGGCAAAGGCGGACCAGAUGCGGAGUCUGCGAUCAAGUGUUUGUGCGCCUUGCUCAUCGGAUUGCCGAGCUUCAACUAUCGCACGGAUAUUUUAUCCGCCAUCGUGCCCGUCUUCGAUAAGCGAGACACCAGUCACGCGCAGAUCGUCACUGAUGCUCUGGUUGAGGUCGUGUCUAACGACAUUCGCGGCGAUCUCACGCUCGAGGCGUUGCACAUGACGGCGCAGCUCGUGAAGCAGAGUAAAUGCAACAUUCAGCCGUGCGCGUUUGCGUACUUCCUCAAGGUUCGCUUCGAUGAGGGCAUAUUAGUGCCUAUGGUGCGUGACAGGAAAGAAAUUCUUUCUCGUUCAGCGGUGAUGAGUUUCGGCGAGAAGAAAAAAACGCAGAGUCGAUUAUUAGAGGCGACUUUCGAGAUGUACUUUCGCGUAUUGAAGAACGCCGCGAGUCCGGCGCCGACGCCCGGGUUGCCGCUCUUGAGCGCCGCGCUCACGGGUUUGGCAAAGUUCACGCAUUUAAUCUCCAUCGAUUUCUUGGGUGAUCUCAUGGAAGUGUUUAGAAAGUUAUUGGCCCAGGAAGACUUGCUCUCGGACGCGCUCAAGGCGCAAACUUUGCUGACGGCGUGUGAAAUUUUGAGCGGUCACGGAGAGGUUUUGCAAGUGGAUACCGGGGAAUUCUACCGUCAGCUCUAUACGAUGCUCGGCAAGCCCAGCGUAGGUGCAGCGGGGUGGCAAGAUGGUAUGUCUAUAACCGAUCAACGCGCGCUCAAUCACGGCACGCUGCGCGUUCGUGCCAUUCAAAAGUUCAUCGGCGGUUUCAAGCAAGUCGAUCAAGCACGCAUGGCGGCGUUUUCCAAGCGCCUCACCUCGGCGUCGAUCGGCAUGGAAGCUGGCGAAUGCCUGGGUUCGCUCGGUGUCGUCCGCCAAAUUCUCGCGUCGUAUCAUCGCGUGCGUAACUUGCUCGAGAACGAGCGGAUUGGGAACGGAGUGUUUCAGAUGGAUUUAGACGAUCCCGAGCACGCACAAGGCAUGUCCGCCGUGCUCUGGGAUCUUUGUCUACUUUCGCAACACUACCAUCCCACGUGCGCGGCGGCGGCUCACGAGGUUGCCAAUUUACCACUCUCGGGCGCGAUAGCUCCACCUCCCGGCUCACACGCCCCGAGCGAGCUCGCAAAGGCGUACUCCACGCUCCGUGGAGACUUCAACCCGCCGAUUCCCGAGCCGCCGACGCAACGCAACAAACCGCGAGCGCCGAUCGAUCAGAAAAAGUUCGUCGACGCCUACGACGAAUCUUUCAAACGGAACGUCAUCAGUAAGCUCGGCGACACCGUCGACACCGUCGAAGCGCGUGCGUUCCGCCGACAUUUCCGUCGCGUUCGAGCGCACGGGGAAAACUUUCGGUUACGAAGGGAGCGCGACGCCCUCGCGCGAAAAAUUAGCGCCAUGCGCGCGCACGAGCUCGAAGCCAAGUCGAAGUCGAAAUCUAAAAAAUCGUCGUCCAAACGCACGUAG